CAACAGAGAGCAAGCAAAAGAAAAGAUCAGCAGCGAUCCACGCACGUUCCUCUCCCAUUGCCUUCGCCCUUCGACUCUCUCUCUCUCUCUCUCUCUCUUUCUCUCUCUACCCCGUUCACAAUUACACUCUCAACUGGGUUUAGAGAGAGAAAGCAAACAAACAAACAAAAAAACCCAUUUGUAAAAUCUCUUGAUUUUCAAUGUAAUAACAAGCCCAGAUGAUUCUCAUAGCAGUUGACAGAUUGUGAACAGCUAUGAUCAAGCCCAAUUUUUAAUUCCCUCUUUUGGCACUUCUACAGAGCAUAUAUUUAGAUGCUUGAAGAUCCCUGAGAGAGCUAAUACUUUCCUUGAUAAUUUUUUUUACUUGAGAGCAGUGUUAUUUGUUUAGAGGAGAAUAAGGCUAUUUUUGUUUUUCAACUUGUUGAAUGUUUUGUCUCUUACGCAAAGAUCCAUUGCUCAGUUUAAAGGGGUCCGCUUGAAUCUCUUAGUGUUUCUCUGGCUUCUCAAGCUUGAUCUUGGUUCUCUUGUAUUCUUGUUUUAGGUUAAUUUAUUUGUGAUUUUGUGGUCCCUUCUCUUGAUAGAAAGAUGAGUGGAGCAGUACUUAUUGCGAUUGUCGCUACAAUUGGUAAUUUACUGCAAGGCUGGGACAAUGCCACCAUUGCAGGAGCUGUUCUUUACAUAAAAAGGGAAUUUCAGUUAGAGACUCAACCUACCAUCGAGGGUCUAAUAGUAGCUAUGUCCUUAAUCGGGGCCACAAUUAUCACAACAUUUUCUGGUCCAGUGUCAGAUUGGCUUGGUAGACGACCCAUGUUAAUAAUCUCAUCGGUUCUCUACUUUCUCGGUGGUUUGAUGAUGUUAUGGGCUCCAAAUGUCUACAUGUUACUUAUUGCAAGGCUUAUUGAUGGAUUUGGGAUCGGUUUAGCUGUCACUCUUGUUCCUGUUUAUAUAUCUGAAACAGCCCCAGCAGAUAUUAGAGGGUUAUUGAACACGCUCCCUCAGUUCAGUGGGUCUGGAGGAAUGUUUCUUUCAUAUUGUAUGGUGUUCACCAUGUCAUUAAUGCCACAACCAAAUUGGAGAGUGAUGCUCGGAGUUCUUUCUAUUCCUUCCCUCAUAUAUUUUGCUUUGACUAUAUUCUAUUUACCGGAAUCUCCAAGGUGGCUUGUAAGUAAAGGGCGAAUGGCUGAAGCGAAAAAGGUUCUUCAGAGGUUACGUGGAAGGGAAGAUGUUGCAGGAGAAAUGGCACUUCUUGUUGAAGGCUUGGGUGUAGGAGGAGAUACAUCCAUUGAGGAGUACAUAAUAGGACCUGCCAAUGAACUUGCUGAUGAUCAAGAAUCAGCUAUGGAGAAGGAACAGAUCACCCUUUAUGGACCUGAGGAGGGUCAAUCCUGGAUCGCGCGGCCUGCAAAGGGACAGAGCAUGCUCGGAAGUGCCCUCGGCAUCGUCUCUCGCCACGGUAGCAUGGAGAACCAAGGCAGCAUUGCUCUUAUGGAUCCUUUGGUUACCCUCUUUGGGAGCGUCCAUGAGAACUUACCACAAUCAGGAAGCAUGAGAAACUCAAUGUUUCCCAAUUUUGGCAGCAUGUUUAGUGUGGCAGGGCAACACCCGAAGACUGAGCAGUGGGAUGAGGAGACUGGUCAUAGAGAAGAUGACUAUGCAUCUGAUGGCACUGGAGGUGAUUCUGAUGACCACUUACAUAGCCCCUUGCUUUCUCGUCAAGCAACGAGCACGGAUGGGAAGGACAUGGGCCCACAUGGAACUAACGGGAGCGUUUUAAAUAUGAGGAGGAAUAGUAGUUUGCUUCAGGGAGCAAGCGGAGAGGCGAUGGGUAUUGGUGGAGGAUGGCAACUAGCAUGGAAAUGGUCGGAGAGAGAAGGUACUGAUGGGAAGAAAGAAGGAGGGUUCAAGAGAAUCUAUCUUCAUGAGGGAGUUUCUUCGUCGCGAAGAGGUUCGAUUCUUUCUAUACAAGGAGGUGACAUGCCAGAAGAAAGCGAGUUUGUUCAAGCUGCUGCUUUGGUGAGCCAGCCUGCACUUUUCUCAAAGGAUCUCAGGAGUCAGCAUCCGGUGGGACCCGCGAUGGUUCAUCCGUCGGAGGAAGCUGCUAAAGGGCCGAGAUGGUCCGAUCUUCUUGAACCUGGAGUCAAGCAUGCGUUGGUUGUUGGGGUUGGGCUCCAAAUCCUUCAGCAGUUUUCUGGUAUCAACGGUGUUCUCUACUACACACCUCAGAUUCUUGAGCAAGCCGGUGUCGGAGUUCUUCUCUCUAACCUUGGCCUCAGCAAUACAUCAGCAUCCAUCCUUAUAAGUGCCCUUGUUACCUUGUUGAUGCUCCCUUCUAUUGGUAUUGCCAUGAGAUUCAUGGAUGUUGCAGGAAGAAGGUUUCUUCUUCUAAGCACGAUCCCGAUUCUUAUCACUACAUUGGUCAUACUAGUCAUAUCCAAUUUGAUAGAGUUCGGCCAAAUGCUCCACGCUGUCCUCUCCACUGUCAGUGUUAUAGUCUACUUCUGCUGCUUCGUUAUGGGUUUUGGUCCUAUUCCUAAUAUCCUUUCCUCCGAGAUCUUCCCAACUCGAGUUAGAGGUGUUUGCAUCGCCAUCUGUGCUCUCACAUUCUGGAUCGGAGAUAUCAUUGUCACCUACACCCUCCCCGUGAUGCUCAAUUCCAUCGGCCUUGCUGGAGUUUUCGGAAUUUAUGCAGCUGUGUGCGCUAUAUCUUUGGUGUUUGUCUACUUGAAGGUUCCAGAAACAAAGGGUAUGCCACUUGAGGUCAUUACUGAAUUCUUCGCUGUUGGGGCAAAACAAACCGCGAAAAAUUGAAAGAAUGUUGGUUGGCAUUGUUAUUCUUGGGGUACAUUGAGAAGGUUGCGAUGGAGAAAAGAAAGAGAGGGAAAAGCUUGGCAUUUUGAUAUGGUGAUUGGUGUUUAUUCGAUUUGUUUGCGAUGGGAGCGGCUCAGCUUCAGGGAUCACGGCGAUAUUGUCUUUCUUUUCCCCUAUGGAUGACUUCAUAUAUUCUUUCUUGGCUAGAUAAAUUUAAUAUCGUAAACAUUCCUUACAUUUAUGGCUCCCUUUUCUAUUUGCUCCUGGAUCUGUUUGUGGUAUUUGAUGAAGCUUAGUUUUUCGGUUUUAUGAAAUUAGUAGUAGCUCUGAAUUAUAUCAGUGAAAUAUGUUAUUUCUUAGAGACUUGUGAGUUGUUUAAAACUAAUUUCAUCUCUCACAAGGAAUCAGAAGGAUGACAAAUGUGCUAUUUUAGCAAUUGUUGUUGUUAUUGUCUAGUUUGAGCGGUCAGUUCUAAUCUUCUAUAAAAAUGUCUCCAAUUUGUCAAAACCCCAGAGGUAUUAAAGAAAUUGUUGUCUGUGUUUGGCUUUCUUUCA